AUGCCCACCUCGAUGGAACUGCAACCGCAAGGAGCGGGAAAUGAUACUCAGCAUACCUCUGCGCCUGCAAAGGCCGAUAUCAGCUUUGUCGAGAGUGCAGACGCUGGUACCCCUUCUAACUACGCGGACUUGAAGACAUCUCAUCUUUCUCAGGCUCACCGCGACUUCCUGAUGGAACAUCAUGGCACCUUAGACCUUGAUCCUAUCCCUAGUAUGGAUCUUGCAGACCCUUACAAUUGGCCCACCUGGAAGAAAAUGGCGAAUCUUCUUCUUGUCGCUUUCCACGCAUGCAUGGGGACAUUCGCUGCUAGCGGAAUCAUCCCGGGUUAUAGCAUUAUCGCAGAAAAGUACGACGUGUCCAUCCAAAGAGCAAGCUACCUGACCUCCCUUCAAAUUGCGAUCUUGGGCGGGGCCCCCCUCUUUUGGAAACCCCUGUCUAGCCGUUUCGGUCGUCGCCCUAUUUUCUUGAUCUCCUUGAUCUGCAGUUGUGUCUGUAACAUUGGAUGUGCCAAGAGUUCUGGCUAUGCAUCGCUUGCUGCCUGUCGGGCCUUGCAGGCAUUUUUCAUCUCUCCGGCUUCCGCCAUUGGGAGUGCUAUUGUGAUGGAGACAACCUUCAAGAAGGACCGUGCAAGAUACAUGGGAAUUUGGACUCUCAUGGUCACUGUCGGCAUCCCUUGUGGCCCAUUCAUCUUUGGCUUCGUGGCACAACGCGCUGGAUAUGUGUGGAUUUAUUGGGUCUUAGCAAUGAUCAAUGGCGGUCAGUUCAUUCUGUAUCUCUUCCUCGGGCCAGAGACCCGUUAUAUCGGCAGCAAUUACGAUCCCAAAGAGCCUGCCUGGAAACGCGAGUAUCUUUCUUUGCGACGCAUCGACCCCACCCCGUUCACCUGGUAUGAGUUUAUCAAGCCGCUGUCAAUGAUCGUACAACCCUGCAUUGCCAUCCCCGCUGCCGCAUAUGCCAUGGUUUUUUGCCUGAGCAAUGUCUUGACCACUGUCGAGGUGCCACAGCUGCUGGAAUUCAAAUGGGGCCUGAACACCGAGCAGUUGGGUCUCCAAUUCCUGGGCCCUAUUGUUGGAUCUAUCAUUGGAGAGCAACUUGGUGGUACCAUUUCCGACUUGUGGAUGAGACAGCGGGAGCGCAAGAUCCACCGGAAGCCUGAGCCAGAGUACCGGUUGUGGCUCAGCUACAUCGGUUACAUCCUCGCCAUCGUUGGUGUGGUUGUAUUCCUUGUCUGUACCCAGCUAUCCAAGCCGAAUCACUGGGAAAUCGCCCCUAUUAUCGGUAUCGCUAUUGGAGCAGCGGGGAAUCAAGUCGUCACGACGGUGCUUAUCACGUUCGCUGUCGACUGUUAUCCCCAGGAGGCUGGCAGUGUAGGUGUUUUCAUCACGUUCAUUCGACAGGUGUGGGGAUUCCUCGGACCGUUCUGGUUCCCUGCCAUGUUCGAGAAUGUCGGAAUUGCAGCCAGUGCCGGUGUCUGUGCGGCGCUGAUUGUCGGAGCCAGUGUGUUUCCGACGAUCAUCAUCCACUGGCAAGGCCAGAAAUGGCGUCCGAGUCAAUAG